AUGGAGGGCAACACGCCCCUCCCGCAGGUGAUCCGCAAGCUGCGCUCCCAAAUCCACAAGCUGGAGAGGGAGAACAGGGCCCUGAAGGGAGAGCUGCGGGGCCGCGGGCGCACAGCGGGGCCGGCGCGGGGAGAGGCGAGCGGCGGAGCGCGGAGAUGGGAGCCCGUGCUCGGAGCGGAGGGACCGCCGGCAUCCUGGGCAUCCCCGGCAUCUUCAGCAUCCACAGCAUCCCGGGCAUCCCCGGCAUCCACAGCAUCCCGGGCAUCCCUGCAGGGAGGCGGCGCGGCCGCUGCAGCGCCGAGGGAGCAGACAGAUACUGCCAUGACUGUGAGACGCUACCCCAGGGCCUCCCCAGCUCCUGCUCCUUGCAGCACAAGAUCCCACUGGGCUGGCAGGAAUCCUCCAAGCACUGGGGUCCCUGAGGGGCCGGGCAGAGCCCAGCCACCAGCCCCUCCUGCUGCAGCACAGCUCAGCAGGGAAGAGGAGGAAGGGCUUGGAAAACCACCAGCCCCUUGUGUCUCCUACAGCCACUCCAGCAACAUGAAGCUGUUUCAGGAGCAUGUCUGUAAGUGCCGGGGUAAAGUGAAGGCUGUGAGUUUCCUCUUACCAACAGAUAUGUCAUCAUUUGCCGAAAAGCAAGUUUCUCUCAAAAGCCCACAAAAUCAGAGCACGAAACAUCUGAUGACCAUCACUGAAAAGGAUAUGUGA